UUCUUUAUAAGAGAGAGAGUUAACAAGAAAAAGAAAAAAACCCUUUUAAAUUCAAGAGAGAGAGAGAAGAACAAAGAAGAAAAAAACCCUUUAAAAUUCAAGAAUUGGGAAUCAUAUCAUAAACUAAGAAAGAAAGAAAAGAAGGGUUUUACACUUCAAACAUGGGGUGCUGCAGAAGAAGGGUUCUUGUUUCUCAUCGUCAUCUACUUCUCCUCUUUCUUGCAUUAUCAGCCAUAGAUGCAAAUUUAGAAGGGGAUGCUCUGUAUGCAUUGAGAAGAAGUUUAAAUGACCCGGAAAAGGUGUUGCAGAGCUGGGAUCCGACCCUGGUCGACCCAUGCACUUGGUUUCAUGUCACCUGCGAUCCUGUUCAUAAUAGGGUUACUCGACUUGAUCUUGGAAAUGCUAAGCUAUCAGGGAAGCUUGUGCCUGAGCUGGGGAAGCUGGAAAGCCUUCAGUAUCUGGAACUGUACAUGAACAACUUGACGGGACCAAUUCCAGCAGAACUCGGACAGCUCAAGAGUCUUGUGAGCCUGGAUUUGUACCAUAACAACCUUACUGGAUCAAUCCCUCCUUCUUUCUCAAACCUUUCAAAUCUCAAAUUCCUGCGGCUUAAUGGUAACAGGCUGACUGGAAGAAUUCCUAGGGAACUUACCAAGCUUGGAAACCUCAAGAUUUUCGAUGUGUCGGACAAUGAUUUGUGUGGGACGAUCCCAACGGUGGGCGCCUUCUCUAAGUUCACCCAAGAAAGUUUUGCGAACAACUCAAGAUUAGAAGGGCCUGAGCUGAUGGGAUUCGUGAGAUACAACGUCGGAGGCUGCAAAUGAAAGAUGUUUAGAAGUAAUAAUACCAGAUAGAAUUGCGCUAUGAGUAAUGUGUUGGAACCAGACAUCAUUGUAACUAGUAAACUCUAUGGGAUUGGGUCUUAAAUAGUUAGCUUUGAUGGCCCUCUCAGAACUACUGUUUGUUCAAAAGUUCAAACUAUGAGAUAUGGAUAUCCCAAGUCCACCUCAAA